CCGGAAGAGAUCACCGCAGUUCUGCAGGGAGUUGGGUCCUUGGAGACGUACUCAAACAGGCCUGACUGUUUCCGGGCGGCGGCUAAGCGUAUCCAAACUCGAUGCAGCGAACUUGAGAUAGACGAAGGAGCACGAGUUCAAGCCGCACUUUCAAUGACAUUAUGCGAAAUCGCCACCGCCGAACACAAUUCGCCACCCAUGGAAUGCGCUUCCUUCGGAGGGCAAGAUGGCUCCCGCGGGGACACCUCGGCCCGACAAUGUGUCUCGGCUCUGUCGCGUAGCGCGCAAUACUGGUCUAGCUAUUCCGGGUAUCUUCGAGAAGUUGCCCAGUUGUGUUUUGCGUUUCAGCGAUGGAACGACAUUGAUACCGCAAAACAAGUGCACAGGAAUGCCACGAUGGAGGCGAUUUUGGCUCUACGCGUCAUCUCUGAUCAACGAAGGGACAUGCAAACAGCAUGGGAUGAUUCGUCUGCCAUCUUACAG